AGCUUGUUAUGCAAAUAAGUUAUUGGGCUUUUUUUUUUAUCAAGUAAGUAUUGUUAGAAAAUGUUGUCAGUUUUAAUUGACUGAAUAUAAAAGUGGGCUCAUUAACUCAUGAAUACUGCUGUGUAAUAUAUGUCAACAUAUAUAUAAGUACAAUAUGAGAAAAGCACAUGUGGGCCAUAUUCCAUUAUGCUUUUUAUCCGAUAUGUCUAAAGAUCCUCAAAGACAUUUCUCAUCGAUCACAUGGACAAGACUAAUUUGUGUGCUUAAAAAACCCCAAUCGAACUCUUAAAAUGCUGACAUUUUCGCACGACUCGAACGUGCGGAUAAACCUGAAGCACAGACCUUCCAUCCAAGUCUGAUUGUUGUGCGUAAUGGUAAAUCCACAUGAAAAAUGUGCCCCAACAGAGCUUGGAUUAAUGUGUCAUUUACUACAGUAUGUCAUAACGGAUUUCUUUCCUUUUUUCAUGGCAUAAAUAUUUUUGACACCCUCCAUGAGAAUAAAUGUAGUGUAGUUGAGUUAUUACAAAGGUGAACUUGUUUUUUCGUUGCCCUUUUUUGGAGUUGCGGCCACAUGUUUAUGAGUAAACAUCAUCUGCUUUAUCAGAUGUACCUGAGUUUAUGAGUGUUCAGGAAAUGACGGAGUCCAACAGGACAGCCCUCUUUCCCAGCACUGAUAGGUGUGUCUAUACCUGCAGAGGAGGAACCGGCUGAUAAGAGUGCAACACAACACUGUUAGAGCCUCAGGGGACACAAGCUGGUAACUGCUCAAGAAAGAUACCGUAAUCAUCAACCAAUAGAACACAUCAUCGUCUGUGCAUGCUGAUACACCAUCAAAUCAGACCACGGGUUGCAUGCUUGAAUGAACACACACACGCAGAGUGUAAUGUCCGAGCCUCCUCAGUGCUGCAUCUGUCUGGAUGAGUUCAGCAGGCCUGCCUCCCUCCCCUGUGGACACUGCUUCUGCCUGGGCUGUAUAGGGGAAUACUGGAGGAUCAGCAAGGUCUGUCAGUGCCCCCUCUGCAAGGCCUUUUUUCCCAGCAGGCCACAGCUCAAAACAGACCAAACGCUGCAUGCUGGUGCCCUGACUGAAGAGGGAGACGUGCCUUUAAACGUUGGAGAGGUUCUGUGUGAUUUCUGCCCAGUGCAACACAGAGCAGUCAAGUCCUGCCUGAAGUGCCUGGCCUCGUACUGUGCCACUCAUCUGGAGCCGCACUACCGGAGUGAAGACCUCGGGUGCCAUCUUCUGAUCAGUGUGGUGAAGAACCUGGAGGACUCUGUCUGCAGGCUGCAUGGGAAGCAGUUGAACAGGUUCUGUAGGAGUGAUCGCACAUGCAUCUGCUCCAUGUGCACCCACACAGAACACAGGGGCCAUCACAUCAUUUCUAUCAGCAAGGAAGCUACAAAGAAGAAGGUCAAACUAAAGUGGAGAAAGAUGAAACUCCAGCAAGCAAUUCUAGAGACACUGAGUAAAGUUGAGAAGGUUAAAUCAUUAGACAUCGGUGGAGGAAAUCCAAAAGAGGCAUGGGCACAAAAUAAACAGCUCAUCAAACAACUAGAGGAAGAAAUCUUGGAGCUGCAGACCAGAACCACGGAGAUAGAGCAGCUUUCACAGAUCCAAGACGACCUCCACUUCCUGCAGUCAUUUCAACGCACUGCCUGGUCUUAACGAUUAGACGAACAUCGCUUCACCUUCAAGAGCACCUGAACGAAGUUGUUUUUAAUGUAUCCUCUAAAAUGUAACGAUACUCUACAGCAGCAUAUAUUGUUGGACCAUGUGUUUGCUGCAUGGGAUUCAUAUGACUUUUUUUCACUUUCUGGUUGAGGUUUAGAUUAGAACAGGGGUGUCCAAACUUUUUUCACUGAAGGCCACAUACAGAAAUAUAUACGGGCCACUUAUAGAGGUGAAUGUUGCCUCAUAAGUUAAGUUAUAAGUUAGCCAAACAAAUCAAAUGUAGGUGAAUAAUGCGUGAUACUUUCAAAUGCUUUAAGGAAAAAACAGCCUACAUCCCGUCUGUCUUUAGGGGUUUCAUUUAUUUUGUUUGCAGCUCAUUCCUUAAAACAGAAGCCUCAGAUCGCUGAUAAUAAGAGUAAAUAUGAAGGUUACAUUUCAAGCUUGAUAUAGAAAUAAGUUAUUGCUUUUUUUUUAAUCAACUAAGAUUUGUUAGAAAAUGUUUUAAAUUCUAAUUGACUGAAUUUAUUUGAAAAUUGGGCUCAUUAAUAUAUUUGAACAUAUAUAUUUGAGAAGUGCAAUAUAAGACAUAUUGCAUUAUACUUUUAGAAUUUGCUGAGGGUCGAUUCAAAAUGGCCCCCGGGCCGUAGUAUAGACACCCUUGGAUUAGAGGAUCAAUAGCAGCCUCACAUUUGAAGUAAAAUAUAAGGCUGUUAGCAUAUUUUAGCAUAAAGACUAGCAAACUGUGUACACAUCUACAUAUUAGCAUUUCUAUGGCUCAAUAUUUAAAAUGCCCACCCUGAAGCAAGCUGUUUCCUACUUGUUUCCAGUCUUUGUGCUAAGCUAAGCUUAUUUACUGCUAAUUUACAGAUAUAUGGGACGGCCGUAUGGAGGUUCUCACUAACUGCAGCGCUAAUGUAUGUUAGCUUAGCAUAAACACUAGUCAAACGUAACAAAAUCUACCUAUUAGCAUCUUUUCAGCUUGAUAUUUAACAUGUUUAUCAUGUGGUGCUAACGCCCCCACUCCAAGGCUAGCUGUUUCCCUGGGUUUACAAUUAUUGUGCUAAGCUAGGAUAAAUGGCUGCUGGUCAUGGACAUAAUUAACAGACAUAUGUGACAAUGUUAUUGAUCACCUCACCUCACUAUCCACCAGAAGCUAAUAAGCAUAUGUCCCAAGAUGUCUACAUCAGAUGCAUUUAAAUGGAUUCCCCUUUGAAAUGUUUAGCCCACUUUUCUUUAAAACAAGAAUAUUGAGCAAAUUAAAUAUCAAUUACGAUUUCAGAAAACCUUGAAAACCACAAUACUGAUGACUGAUGACAGGGUGUAAUAGCUUAUAUUGUAUGAAUGUAAUUUAUGUGUGGGUGAAAUUUUUCAGUGUCAAAAUGUUUAAUGUUUUCCUUUUGUAUAUUAAAUUAAAUUAUAUAUUAAUAAAACACUGCAUUUAA